UAAUCAAAAGGCGUUCUCAGCGGCUCCCGGACACCAUGGGCGCGGAGUGGGAAAAGGAACAUCUCUGGCUCUACCUGCUGGCUCUGGGCUUCGAUCCGGCGGCUGCCGAGAAGGCUUCGGCCACCAACCUGCGGCUGGGAGUGGCUGCGUUUGACACGCCGAACUACAGCGCUUUCCACGUCGUUGCCCAGUUCUUGUUUGCUAAGCUGGACAGGAAGCGGGCAGAAAACACUUUCAGGAACUGUUUGCUUCCAGAUGUAAAAUCUUCAGGCCCUGAAUUCAGGAAACUGUGCAACUCAUGGCUAAAAGAAAUUGCAAGUAAACAGAAAAGUGGUCUUCCUCGAGUUGGAACUUCUUUGUUUCUUUCUCCUACUGGUCGUAAAUUUAUUCACCUAAUGUAUCAGUUUGCAAGGCAUGUAGUAGUUGAGGAUCUGAGAAAGAGCUCUGCAGGCAGCAAUAAACCUUUUGCUGAGGCUGUAAGCUUCAGUCCUGAGGAUAUGUGCAAGGCAGAUGAAAGAUACAGAGUGGCAUGUAACGAACUUCUGCAGACUUUACUGAAGAAAGAUUAUAUUAUCCGAAAAUAUAGGCAAAAAUCUCGGUGUUUAAUUAAAGAAAUAAAACAGAUGAAAUCUGAAUACGUACACCUCCAGCAACAAUUGCAGAAGAUGGAACCAAAGGACCAAAACAAAAAUGACAGAGCUGAGAAAAUUCAAAAGGUUCGCAGUAUGUGGACAUUGAUAAUGGAAACUUUUACAUCUCUGAAAAAGGAAAUGGAAAUUGUAGACUCUGUACUUGAAAAUCGUGUUGACCAGUACAUUUUAGAUGGAACUAAUGUUGUUGUCAGUGUCCCGAAUCUGUUGGUUGACAAAGUCGAAAAUGAAACGCAAGAAGUGUGUACAGGAAAUUUAUAUGAAGAUGAAAAGCUGAAUUUUUUAACAGUCAUUCAGCUGUUAAAUGAAGCCCUCAGAAUUUUAAGAGAUGAAUAUCUUCAGUUUGAAUCAGAAAACCACUUACAGCCCAUUGUGAAUAUGACUAAAUUCCAAAGUAAAGUACUAUUGGAUUUGGAAGCAGUGAGGCAAAUCAUAGAAAAGCAGUUCUUUAUUUUGAAUGAAUCAAAUUCGAGAAGACAGAAUGAGUGGAGAACGAAGUGGAAAAGCUCUCCUGACUGGUCUUCACUCUGCAGUCAAGAUUUAGAUCUGGGUGUGUUCCAAGCUAUAUCAGAAGCAGAAGGUGGUGAAGAUAAUAUCUUUUGUCAAAAUCUAGGAUCAGUUUCAGAUAUUCUAGACCUUUGGGAGAUAAAUUACGAGAACGAUGGUGAGACAUUGGAAAGUAAGAUGGUUGAUUCACCGUUAACACCAACUGGAUGGAUCUCUUCAAAGUCUUCAGAGUUGUCAGAAGCAUCUGAGAACAGAGACCUGUUAACUGAAAAGGACUUGCAUAUUCAAACUUACAGUGGGAAAGAAAAGCCUGUGCCUCCAAAGAUCUCAGAGAAUGGAAAGGAUGAGCUCACCUCAUCAGAAUCAUGGGAAAACACAGAAGAUCAUGUUACCCAGACCGACGCUGCUGUCAAAAAGGAAGACGUUCUUGAGAAAGCCAGAGAAGAACUGGCAGAAGAGGUUGCAAAAACAGUGACAUCUGAGUCACCUCAGAGUGGUGGAGAAAAUGGAAUAGCAUUAGAAGAUCUCAUUAGCUCACUGGCUUUUAACCCAUUUUUGACAAGGAAUCAAAUUCCCCGAACUCCAGAAAAUCUGCUUACUGAAAUUAGAAACUCAUGGAGAAAAGCUAUUCAGACUGAGGACUUGUCGGAGGCAGAGCUUGUCUCAACCAAAGAAACAACACUUGCUCCAGUGGAUGCUAGUCCUACAAUCCAGGAUAAGACAGCCAGUAGUUUAGCUGGGGCUUCCUCUUCAUCUGCUGUACCUGACUUCGAUUAUCCAUUGUCAGAACGGAAGUCCCAAGGAAGUUCUGCAGAAUUUACACAUCAAAAUCAGAUGAUAAGUCACACCAGUGAAUCUCUGCUUUGGGAAACAUCUGGACUGCUAGAGAGUAAGAGCGGUGAAGAAGAAAAAUUAGAGGACACUGUUUCUGGAGAAAGUUUUUUAGGAAAAACAGGACAACCAACACGCAUAUAUGUAGAGAAGAACUUGAAUACUCCAGGUAUUUCUUCAGAAAACAAUAGUAAAAUGAAUACUCUACCCUCAAACAACCUUUUGGAUUUAGUGGAUAGAGAUCUGCAGUGGGAUGCAUCUCCAGUGUUAAGUUCUGACAGUUAUGAAGUUGCUGAUCUUGGGUUCCUGCAUGAGACUAUUCCAGAAGAGCUUAACAGCAAAAGUCCUAAUAAAUCUGCAAUGUCAGAGUCUAAUUUUGAUUUUCUAGACGGUGUAUAUAUACCAGAUAAUACAAUAAAUAAAGGGAAUACUCAAAAUUUAAGGCUAGGUCUAGAUUCCCUGCUUAGCAGAUGUGAAAUGCUGAAGAAAAGUGCGUCUGGAAAAGGACAAGAACUGCAUCAGAUACCUAUUGGAGAUGAAUCUUUAAGUUGUUUAGCAGACCUAAGUCUUACUUCAGAAGAAGGAGGAAGAGAUGAUUUGUGCAUACCUCUAGAAUGCUUUAGCUUGGAUGAAGAGUUUACCAAGAUACCAUCACCAGUAUCUCAUCCUGACAAAAAUCCUUCCCUGUCAUCUUUGCUGGCCUUCUCUAAACACCUAGAAGAAGUGGCAUCAAAUAUACAUGAAAUCCCAUUAGAUUUAAUACAUAAAUUGAAGGAUAAAGAGGAGUUGAAUGAGAAGCUGAGCACAAAGGAAGUACCAUCAUCGUUACAGAACUUGUAAAGCUUAUGAACAACCAUAGUAUUAAAAUUGUGGUGCACUUGAGUGCUUCAUAACUUCUCCAAACACUGUCCAGAUGAGAGGUUGCACUUCUAUUCCUUGCUGAGCCUGUGUGGUAGACUUCUUGUCAAGAGUGUCAGUUACUUGCUUUGGUUCUUUCUGUUUCAGGUCAUCCAUAGUAGUUUUCUGUGAGCAGCUCAUAACAUAUGUACGGAAUUAUAUAUUCCUUUGUAAACGCGGCUUUGAAAAUAGCAGAUCUUGGGGACAUUGUGUAAUGUUAGAAAACGGGAAAACAGACUCAAAGGAAAAAUAGUGAAGUCUUUGGUGUCUCUGUCCUGUCCCUUUAAAAUGGUAAAUUAUUUGGUGCUCUGCCUAUUCUGGAUUCUCUUCUUUGGAAACUUACGGUCAAGCAUUACCAUCAGUUUUCAGUGUCGAUAAAGACCCUUUCCCUUAAUAAAUUUCUUCCACUAAAGUACCUGUUCCUUCAGGCUUUGUACUAAAAUUUCAAAUUGAAGUUUCAAUCUAUGAUUUCUGGUAAUGUUAAUGCUAUUUUAUUUUCAAAUAGUAGGUAUUCCCUAGUAGACUUGUAUAAAUAUGUACAUUAUGUGUAAUGUAUACAUUUAUGUUUAUGAUACUGCAGUGUAACUGACAGUAACUUAAUGAUAGCCCGUUUCCAUGUUGAUCUAGUUGUGGUUGAACAGCUCCAGACUAUAGCUAUUGGCUGUCUGAAAUAGGCACAACUGUGUUGCUUGUAGACCUGAGGUCUAGAGCCUAGUGGUGGUGACUUCACAAAGGCUUCCUAGGGAACUGACCCAAGGACUUGUGCCCUGGUCAGAAAAUGCUUGAAAGCAGGAACCGUAGAGCUCUGCUCAGGAUGCUGGCAAAGGAGCUUGGUCAUACAAGCCAGGGAAGGAGCUGAUUGGUUUAGAUGUGCUCUGACAGUACGAUCUGCUUUUCGAAGUUCCCAGAUUUUUUUUUUAUAUAAUUGUCUUAAGGGGCUGCUGCUGAAGAGGUUUUCUGCUCAAGAGCAUCUGCUGGGAAAGGGCUGAUCUAUAACAUCUUUUUAUCAAAUAUGCAUCCACUGUCCUCUGUGCCUUUGGACUCAGUGCCAUCCACGAAGACAUGCAUUUGUCAGCUGUGCUCCUGUGGGUAUGUAAAAAGAGGCUGGGGGAAGGAACUUUGAAGUUCCUGGCUUGAAAGGUGCACUACUCAUUAGGACUACAGAUGUUAUUCAGUGCUCUUAAGUUGCCUAUGGAAAAUCAAAUUUUUUUCUACAUAGAUGUAUUGAAUGAUGUAGUUCUUUUCUUUUUUUUUUCCAUAAAAGUAUACAAAUGGCAAGGAGAGUUCCCAUUUUGCUUUUUUUAAGUGGAUUGCCUCUUCAAAAGGAGAACACUUAACUUUGGCCACAAAUCUGCUUUCAAAUACAUCUUUCAAAUAUAUGUUACUAACUUUGAGUGCUUAAAAUUAGUAAAAAUGAUGUAAAUGUGCAAAUUAUGGAAAAAGUGAGAACCUUGCAAACAGACAAAACUACUGAAAAUAGCAGGAUUUGUUAGAGCUUUUGUCUUUUGAGUGUGUGCAAACUCUUGAAACCAAUAAUUAGCUUUAGGCCCUCUAACAUAAGAUCCAUUUUCUCAUAUUUCCAGGUUUUAAAAAAGUUUUUUGAUUAAUUGAGGGGAAAAAAAAUGACUCAUAACUUCGUUUUAAAACUGUAAAAUUAUAAAGAGAGAAUGUAUAAGAUGCUGAUCCAGAGUUCAUGUCAGAUUGGAAUGUAUUAUUCAUUUGUUAUUCAUCAUGAGUAAUAAAUACACACACUCCAGAAAGAAAAGUA